AUGGACAGAAUUGAAUACGUCAACAAGGCGAAUGGAAUCUUCGGUGACGUAGCGUCCUACACUCUUCUUGCCGAAGACCCGACGAAAAAGCAAGCCGCUGCCAUCAAGAAAAAGGUUAAUGAGCUCACUCGUCUGAAAGUUAUAAGUCCAGAUGAUUCCAAGCUGAUGACCCUCAGUGAUCCCCAUAUCGCACGCGCGUAUGGUCUCCCAAAAUUGCAUAAAGUGGACGCCCCACUGAGGAUUAUUGUACCACUCAUCGGAUCACCUACGUACACUAUAGCUAAGUGGUUGUACAAGCAUCUGAAGCAGUUAACCCAUGGAUCUGACUACAGCAUCAACAAUUCUCUCGCGUUCCUCCAAAGGAUCCAAGGACUCGAAGUAAGUGCCGAUGAAUGCCUACUGUCCUUUGACGUCGUUGCCUUAUUUUCUUCCAUACCACACGAUUUGGCAAUUGACUGCGUAGCCCAACGCUUACAGGAGAAUCCUAUUGAGAUUCCAACUCAGCAUAUUAUAGAACUCCUCAAACUCUGCCUUAGACACUACUGUCAAUUCGAUAAUAAGUUCUACCAACAGGUAAAGGGAACCCCAAUGGGCUCGCCAAUAUCUGGACCGCUCGCAGAACUUGCAUUGCAGCGACUAGAAAAGGAGGUUUUCCAAGAUCUCAGUCCCAAAGUGUGGCUUCGCUAUGUAGACGAUACCUUUGUCGUGAUAAAGAACUGCGAAGUUGAACGGCUACAUCAGAGGCUGAAUGACGUCUUCCCGGCCAUACAGUUUACUCGUGAAGAGGCAAUAGGGGACAGCCUGCCGUUUCUUGAUGUGAAAAUACAAAGGCUGAGCGAUGGUAGUCUCGCGACGAGCGUCCAUAGGAAAGGAUCUAAUUCCGAAAUUAUCCUCAAUUAUGGAAGCAACCACCCCGCAGCUCACAAAAGGAGCUGCGUUCGAACUCUGUUCCACCGGGCCUAUCGUUAUUGCAACAGCGCCGAUCUCCUUAAGAAAGAGCUUGCCUACUUGUAUCGGUUGUUUCGAUCCAACGGAUAUCCGACAAGUUUCGUAAAGAACUGCCUCAGACACCAGGCACAACCGCAGGCUCCCACCCCCAACGGGGAAACUGUGUCUCGACAAUUCUUCUCCCUGCCUUAUAUGAAAGGAGCGUCCGAAGUAAUCGCCCGGCAGUUAAAUCGCUCUGGUAUUCGCAUCGCCCACAAACCAGCAUCAUCACUACGCUCGGCGCUAUCUCGAAUCAAGGAUCCCCUCCCCAAAGAGCAACAAACAAACGUAAUUUAUCGCAUCCCGUGCUCAGAUUGCUCUUGCGUGUAUGUUGGUCAUACAGGUGAAAGCCUGGGCACCCGUAUUAAUGAACACAAACUGGUUGUCCGUCGGCGAGACCCUUUGUCCCUCGUCUUUGCUCACGCACUCGAGUGCCACCACCGAUUCAAUUGGGAUGGCACUGAGGUCGUCGCCAUGGCUAACACAAAACGGGCGAGAGAAUUUCUCGAGGCUUGGUACUCCGAUGCUGGUAGUAUCAACCGCCAUGUUGACCUGGACGCCCAUUAUGAGGGCCUACGCUCACGACUUACGCCCCCGCCCUAA